UUCGAGGAGGAGGGGGGCAGUCCACCAGCCACACAUCCGCUGUCUGUUUCCAGUGGGUCCGCCGUACAACGCAGCUAAGCCCGGCGUAAACUAGCCACCCACCCCCGGGCUCAGAGCGGGAAUUCCCGGCCGAGCAGUGUCCACUAAGGGUCCGGAGGAGCCUUCACUUCACUCCAGCGAAAGGGGACAUCCGAGGACACUGAGAGCCCCAACCGAAAAAUGUGCCACUCGUGGAAAGUGGGCGCCUCCAAAUGGGUCGUAUUAACAAUUCAUGUUGGACAUCCGGUGGCAGUGCCAGCUGCGGGCCCGUGUUUAUUGUCUGCCAGCUCCGCCAAACACGGCGAGUGCUUCCCGUGAGCUACAAGGCUGCGUCAUGUGAAGAACAGUCAAACUCUUGACCGUCUCAACUGUGAUUCUGAGUCUAACCGACCAGACGGGAUUUUGUGACUACGACCUGACCCCGCCCCUCCAAGGCCUCGGGCAUGCCUCAGCCGGGUAUGAAUGGCAUGGAGCCUGCUUUUGGCGAGGCAUAUGGGGGUCACCGGGCUCUACUCAGCCACUACCCAAUGGCCAUGUCACCUCAAGGGGGCAGGACAGAGUACGACCAGAGCAUUCUCCUCAUGCUGGGUUCACCGGCAUCCCCCCGCAAACGGCCUUUUGAGCUGCUCAGUGACCUCGUAGAUGACGGAGGCCUGGGUGAGGAUCUGCACGCCGAACGCUGGGACGUGUCGGCUCUGGACGAGAUGUCUCGGUACACAAAGUUGGGUUUGGGCGUGGCCUCCGAGGACGCCGUGCUCAUGGGCCGAUGGGGGCGGAGCCGAGAGGAGGACAAGCCGCCCGAGAGGACGACCAAAGACGCGUCAGUUGGUGUGGGACGAGGACAAGACGGAGAUGUGAGGAAGGAGAAGACUGUCGAGGUUUUCCAGUCACAGGCCAUAGUCCCGCCUCAGGGGACGCCGAAGGAGGACCACCAGGAGGCGCCGGCAUCAGGUUUACCCCUGGAGCACUGCAGCGAGGAGCACAACUACUCCCUCAGUCAGGGAGGAGAGCCGGCCGUCACUUACGGCGUGCAGGAGGAGGCGCAGCCGCAACGGGAGGAGGCACAGCAGGAACAGGUGGACGGGGAGGGGAAGCUGGACGAGGAGGACGAGGAUGAGGAAGAAGAGGAAGAUGAGGAUGAGGAGCUAGAGGAGGAGACUGCAGCCGACCUCUCUAGCUCAUCGGAAACGGAGUGCGAGGCGGAGGCGGAGCUUGCGAGGCCAGCGGGCGAGCGGCCAUCCAAGCGCCGCUGUUUCUGGGAGUACCGGCGCUCCCGCGAGUCUGCCGCCAAGAAGAAAACGUGUGGGGGAGGAGGAGGAGAAGGAGGCGGCGAUUGGUCGCUGUCGUGGAGCUCCAGCACGCUGCCCAGCACGUUGUAUCGACGACAAGGCAAGAAGGGGCGGCGCAAGGCCCGCAAGACGGACGCCAGCGACCUGACUCCCAACCCGCAGAAGCUGCACAACAUCGGCGAGCAGCUGCAGAAGCUGAACGCCGCCAUCGACGGCAUGGGGCCCGUCAACGACCUCCCCGCCCUCGCCAGGGCCAGGUCGCGCAAGGAGAAGAACAAGCUGGCGUCCAGGGCGUGUCGUCUGAAGAAGAAGGCGCAGCAUGAGGCCAACAAGAUUAAAUUGUGGGGGCUCAACCAGGAGUAUGAGAACCUGCUGGGGGCGCUGCUGCGCAUCAAGGAACUGAUCCGGCAGAAGGUGGAAAGCGGCGAGGAAGAGGACACGGACGAGCGAGGAAUGACGCGGCGCCUGGAGGACAUCCUCGCUCAAUCCAGCGGUCCUCUGGUCGCAGGGCGGACCAAAGACUUUGUGCAGAGGAUCCUGGCGGCCAGCGGGGGUCCCAGUCAGCGCAAGGAGCCUCCCCAAGAGGUGGUGCUCUAAACCCGACCCCUUGGAUGUCCCUGUCUGAGUGGAAUGCUGCUCUUGUAAAAUACUGUACCCCCCCCCCCUUACCGUGUGCUGUACUCGUACCCCAUUGUGCCUAUAAAUAGAUAUUGCACUGUUCUGUAGAUGCCCGUAGUGGUCCAUAGGGGUCGGGGGGGGGGGGGCUGAAAAUAGGGGUUCUCAAACUUGAUGGGUCGAGGGGAGGAAUGUUUCCAAGCACCCCUCCCCCCUCUCAUCAUCCUCAAAAGAGUUAAAAACGACUUCCGUGUGUACCU